AUGAAGCUACUGCUCUCAUCCUUGUCUAAAGUAAGGGCAGCCCAUUGUCGAGCUUUCAAGUUAGCACACAUCACUGAUACAUACAUUGCCACUCCUAUCUUAAACGGAUAUACAAAAUGCAGAGAAAUUGGUACUGCUCUCAAGAUGUUCGACGAAAUUCCCCACAGAGAUACUGCUUCUUGGAACAUCAUGAUUUCUGGAUAUGUCAAUUCUGGGAGAUUUCUGAGUGCUUGGGUGUUCCUUAAUUUGAUGAAAGAAGAUGGGUUUUGUUUAAAUGAAUAUACUUUUGGAAGCAUACUGAAGGGUAUUGCUUCUAAUGGCUUAUUGUCCUUAGGUCAACAGGUGCACUGUGAUGUGGUUAAAAUGGGCUAUGUCGGGAAUGUUUAUGCCGCCAGUGCGCUAUUGGACAUGUAUGCUAAGUGUGGAAAAGUUGACGAUGCAAAUGAAGUGUUUCAAACCAUGCCUGAACGUAAUUAUGUCUCAUGGAAUGCUAUAAUAGCAGGGUAUGCAGGGAAAGGUGAUAUAGAUUAUGGUUUUUGGUUGUUGAGAGGUAUGGAGCAAGAGGGAGUGCAGCUGGAUGAUGGAACCUUCUCUCCGCUUUUAACGUUGCUUAAUGACGAUAAGUUUUACAAGUUGACUAUGCAGGUUCAUGGAAAAGUUGAAAAACUUGGUUUAGGUUGUGAAGUCAAAGUGUUUAAUGCUCUAAUUACUGCAUAUUCCCAAUGUGGCAGUAUUGAAAGUGCGGAAAGUGUUUUUGAUGGUACUAUUAGUUGCAGAGAUUCAGUAACAUGGAAUUCAAUGCUAGCAGCUUAUUUAGAACAUGACAAGGAGAAGCAAGCAUUUGAACUAUUCUUGGACAUGGAAAGGCUUGGGUUGGAAAUGGAUUCUUAUACAUAUACUAGUAUAAUAAGUGGUUGUUUUGAGGUAAGACAUAACAGUCAAGGGAAGUGUUUGCAUGCUUUGGUUAUCAAGAGGGGAUUGGAAAAUGUAACUAUAAUCUCGACUGCGUUGAUUUCCGUGUAUGCCAAAUCAUGCACAAACUCUAUGGAUGAUGCACUGACAGUAUUCGAAAACCUGGAUGCAAAGGAUUCUGUUUCUUGGAACUCCAUUUUGACCGGAUUGUCACAGAAGGGUUGGAGUGAAAUUGCUUUCAAAAUGUUUACAAAGAUGAGGGUGGAAAACCUGGAGAUGGAUGAGUAUUCCUUUUCUGCCACACUGAGAUCGUGUUCAGAUUUGGCUACUCUUCGAUUUGGUCAACAAGUUCAUGCCUUUGCACUAAAACUGCGCUCUGAGUCAUAUAAGUAUGUGAGCAGUGCUUUGAUACUUAUGUACUCCAACUGUGGAAUCAUUGAAGAUGCUUGGAAGUCCUUUGAAGUUUCUCCCAAAGAGAGUUCGAUAUCUUGGAACUCGAUCAUGUUUGCUUAUGCACAACAUGGGCAGGGUAAGCUCGUGCUUGACCUCUUCUUCCUAAUGAAACAAAGCGAAGUGAAACUUGAUCAUAUCACUUUUGUGGCAGUCUUGACUGCUUGCAGUCACACUGGUUUGGUUGAAGAAGGUUGCCGUUUUUUUGAGUCUAUGGAAGCUGAUUUUGGAAUUGUUCCUAGAAUGGAACAUUAUGCUUGUGCAAUUGAUUUACUUGGGCGGGCUGGGCGUCUUGAGGAGGCAAAAGAUCUAGUUAAAGGGAUGCCAUUUGAUCCUGAUGCUAUGGUUUUGAGAACUCUACUCGGUACUUGUCGAUCAUGCGGUGAUAUUGAAUAUGCAAGUGAGGUGGCUAGCCAUUUGCUCGAAUUGGAGCCGGGAGAGCAUAGCACCUAUGUUUUGCUCUCAGACAUGUACCGACAAUUCAAGAAGUGGGAUAAUAUAGCUAAUAUUAAGAGGCUGAUGAGGGAAAGGAGUGUCACUAAGGUACCUGGUUGGAGUUGGAUAGAAGUCCAAAACGAGGUGCAUGCUUUCAAUGCGGAGGACCUAUCACAUCCUCAUUGCCAUGAGAUUUAUGCAAAAUUGAGAGAGUUGACAGAUGAGAUCAUGUUCUCUGAAUCUGAAAAUGCUAGCGGAUUAACAAUUUCUACGGGUGAUCAGGAAUCAGUGGUUUAACAAUGGAUUCAAGCCAAUGAGGUUCUUGUCAGUCUGGUGCCUUUAUCUUGUCAAAAUGGAUAAGCAUGAUCUACUGAAAAGUUGACCCAGCCCUCAGGGAAGUAGCUGUAGCUGCAUCUGCUAUCUGAAUAAAUGGAGUGCACGGUUGUUCUCCAGUCUCCACUAGUAGUAAUAGCUGCAUUUGCAAUUCCAGUUUUCCCACCCUUUUGAUCACGCUUCAAGAUAUAAAAUAUCGGUUUAGCCAGCACAUUAGUUUCUGUUCCACCAAAAUCCACCCCUCAGAUAUUGCUUAUACACUGUCUGUGGAGCGUCACUUGGAAUUUUUCUGACCUUAAGUUUUCGGUCCUACUUCAUAAGUGUUUUGACUUUUGUCCUGAUUUUUUUUAUCAGACUCUUGAAAUCUCAAAGAUAAACUGCCAAAUAUGUAAAUUGGGUGAAUAGUUUGGUUUUCCUGGUUCACAGCUUAUGCU